CACUUGUAGUCCAUGGGUGGGUUUUUACCUCUUCCCUUGCCUCUGGCCUGCCUACUGGCCAGCCGUCAAUGCAAGAAUUGCUCCAGGACACCGAGAGCUCUCUCCCCGUGCCGCCCUCGUGGGAGUUUGGGGCUUGUGACCAUAGAAGACUCCGGGGACUGGGAGAAACCUCGCCUGAACCGAGUCGCCAGUGAGGGCAGCCCCUCCCCAGGCUUUUCCCCGUCGCAGCGCCCACGUGACCGAGAGAAGGCCUACUCUGGCCCGCCCCUUUCGGCCGCCGCGGACCACUUCCCGCUCCGGGGUGCGUACGCGACGGAGCGGGGUGUGAAGAUGGCGGACGAGGAGGCCGAGCAGGAGAGGUUGAAUCGCGGCGGAGGCGGUUGCGUCGCGGAGCUGCAGCGCCUGGGCGAGCGGCUCCAGGAGCUGGAGCGACAGCUGCGCGAGAGCCAGGUGUCGGCCGUGGAAGCGGCCACCGAGUACUGUCAGCAGCUGUGCCAGACACUCCUUGAAUAUGCAGAGAAAUGGAAAACUUCAGAAGAUCCCUUACCUUUAUUGGAGGUAUACACAGUGGCUAUCCAAAGUUAUGUUAAAGCCCGACCUUACCUUACCUCUGAAUGUGAAAAUGUAGCAUUGGUUCUGGAACGCUUGGCAUUAAGCUGUGUUGAACUUUUAUUGUGUCUGCCUGUUGAGUUAUCAAAUAAACAGUGGGAGCAAUUUCAGACACUGGUACAGGUAGCUCAUGAAAAGCUGAUGGAGAAUGGCAGCUGUGAAUUACAUUUUUUAGCUACUCUAGCUCAAGAGACUGGGGUGUGGAAAAACCCGGUACUGUGCACUAUUCUUUCCCAGGAACCAUUGGAUAAGGAUAAAGUGAAUGAAUUUUUAGCUUUUGAGGGUCCCAUCUUGUUGGAUAUGAGAAUUAAACAUCUAAUCAAAACAAAUCAGUUAAGUCAAGCAACUGCUCUAGCAAAGCUGUGUUCUGAUCAUCCCGAGAUUGGUACAAAAGGUAGUUUUAAGCAAACUUACCUUGUCUGUCUUUGCACAUCAUCACCAAAUGAGAAGUUAAUCGAAGAGAUUUCGGAAGUUGAUUGCAAAGAUGCUCUAGAAAUGAUCUGUAACUUAGAAUCUGAAGGUGAUGAAAAAAAUGCUCUUGUUUUAUGUACUGCAUUUUUAUCACGUCAGCUCCAACAAGGAGAUAUGUACUGUGCUUGGGAACUUACUCUCUUUUGGAGUAAAUUACAGCAAAGGGUAGAACCAUCUGUACAAGUGUACCUAGAGAGGUGCCGGCAACUUUCUUUGUUAACGAAGACUGUAUAUCAUAUUUUCUUCCUGAUUAAAGUUAUUAAUUCAGAGACUGAAGGGGCUGGACUUGCUACCUGUAUAGAACUAUGUGUAAAAGCUCUUCGCUUGGAUGCUACAGAAAAUACUGAAGUGAAAAUAUCUAUUUGCAAGACCAUUUCAUGUUUGUUGCCAGAUGAUCUGGAAGUUAAACGAGCUUGUCAACUGAGUGAAUUUCUUAUUGAGCCUACAGUAGAUGCAUAUUAUGCUGUGGAAAUGUUGUAUAACCAGCCAGACCAGAAAUAUGAUGAAGAGAAUCUUCCAAUACCAAAUUCUCUACGCUGUGAGCUCCUACUUGUUCUGAAAACUCAGUGGCCCUUUGAUCCAGAAUUCUGGGAUUGGAAAACCUUAAAACGACAAUGUCUUGCACUAAUGGGAGAAGAAGCAUCCAUUGUGUCUUCAAUUGAUGAAUUAAAUGACAGUGAAGUAUAUGAAAAAGUAGUUGACUACCAGGAAGAGAAUAAAGAACCUUCUGUGAAUGGACUUUCUGGUGGAGUUGGUGCUAAUUCUUGCCAUCUUAAAGAUAGUGGUGAUGAAAAGCAAAAGAAGAAGGAAAUAAAGCAGUUAAGAGAGAGAGGAUUUAUAUCUGCUAGGUUUAGGAAUUGGCAAGCCUACAUGCAGUAUUGUGUGUUAUGUGACAAAGAAUUCCUUGGCCACAGAAUAGUCCGACAUGCCCAGAAACAUUAUAAAGAUGGAAUUUACAGUUGCCCCAUAUGUGCAAAAAACUUUAAUUCUAAAGAAACUUUUGUCCCUCAUGUCACAUUACAUGUUAAACAAUCUAGUAAAGAGAGACUAGCAGCUAUGAAACCAUUAAGAAGAUUGGGAAGGCCUCCUAAGAUCACAACCACCCAUGAGAAUCAGAAGACAAAUAUGGUGACUAAGCAGGAACAGCGGCCUAUAAAAAAAAAUAGCCUGUAUUCAACAGAUUUCAUAGUAUUUAAUGACAAUGAUGGUUCAGAUGAUGAGAAUGAUGACAAAGAUAAAUCUUAUGAGCCUGAAGUGAUCCCAGUCCAGAAACCAGUACCUGUGAAUGAAUUUAAUUGCCCUGUAACUUUUUGUAAAAAAGGCUUUAAGUACUUUAAAAAUUUAAUUGCUCAUGUAAAGGGGCAUAAGGAUAGUGAAGAUGCCAAACGCUUUCUUGAAAUGCAAAGCAAAAAAGUUAUUUGCCAGUACUGUAGACGGCAUUUUGUAAGUGUCACUCAUCUCAAUGACCACUUACAAAUGCACUGUGGCAGUAAACCAUAUAUCUGUAUACAAAUGAAAUGUAAGGCCGGUUUUAAUAGUUAUGCAGAGCUUUUAACCCACCGAAAGGAGCAUCAAGUCUUCAGAGCAAAGUGUAUGUUUCCUAAAUGUGGCAGAAUUUUUUCAGAAGCUUAUUUACUAUAUGAUCAUGAAGCACAACAUUAUAAUACCUAUACUUGUAAGUUUAUAGGUUGUGGUAAAGUUUAUCGUUCUCAGAGUGAGCUGGAAAAGCAUCUUGAUGAUCACAAUACUCCUGAAAAAGUGCUGCCUCCUGAAGACCAUGUUAAUUCGUCUGGAGAUUCUGUUCAACCUUCCAUAGUGAAUCAGAACACAGGAGAGAAAACUGAUAAAGAAAGAUCUAUGCUUCCUUCUGAAAAUAACAUUGAAAACAGAAUACCAGCAGACAGAAAUGAUGGUUGCGAUAAAAGCAAAUCAGAGUCAGCUGUGACUAAACAAGACCAGGUUUCUGCUUCUGAGUUCAGGCAAGCUAAUGGACCAUUGUCAAAUGGUUUGGAAAACCCUGCUACUACUACUAUUCUUCAGGCCAGUGAAGUAGCUGUGUCUAUCAAAGUGUCUCUCAAUCAAGGGAUUGAGGAUAACUUUGGAAAGCAAGAAAAUUCAUCUGUGGAAGGUGUUGGUCAGCCACUCAUUACAAACUUAAACAUACCAGUUGAAGAUACUUGUAAUAAUGUCUGUCAUCCAAGUUUCCAAGAGAAAAAGGAACAGGAUUGCUUUAAUGAAGCCCAGAUUUCUCAGAAUUCUUUAGUAAAUUCAGAAACUCUCAAAAUAGAUGAGCUUAACCCACAAAACUUAGAAAGACAAGUGAACAGUCUGAUGACCUUCUCUGUGCAAAGUGAGGCAGAAUUUCAAAACAAUUUGCCAGCUUCCAAGUUUGAAUGUGGAAAUAAUAUUAAAGCAUCAUCCAGUCUUUAUAACUUACCUCUGAAGACAUUAGAAAGUAUCACAUUUGUUUCUUCACAGUCCAACCUAAGUAGUUCAUUAGGAACUCCAUCAGUGCCUCCAAAAGCUCCAGCUCAAAAAUUCAGCUGCCAAGUUGAGGGAUGUACUCGAACCUAUAAUUCUUCUCAGAGUAUUGGGAAACACAUGAAGACAGCACAUCCUGAUCAGUAUGCUGCAUUUAAGGUGCAGCGCAAAACUAAAAAGGGUCAGAAAUCUAACAACUUAAAUACACCAAAUAAUGCAAAAUUGGUUUAUUUUUUGCCGUCACAGGUGAGCAGCUCUAAUAAUGCAUUUUUUACACCACAAACCAAAGCCAGUGGGAAUCCUGCUUGUUCAGCCCAGUUGCAGCAUGUCUCGCCUUCCAUUUUUCCAGCUCAUUUAGCAAAUGUGUCAACUCCACUAUUGCCCUCAGUGGAUACUGUCAUAAAUCCAAAUAUACCUUCUCAGGAUAAAAAUGAACAAGGUGGUAUAUUAUGUUCUCAGAUAGAAAAUUUACCUAAUACUACCUUGCCAGCACAAAUGGAAGAUAUAACCAAAACAGUUUUGCCUUUGAAUAUUGACAGUGGCUCAGAUCCUUUCCUUCCUUUACCUGCAGAAAGUAAUUCAAUGUCUCUCUUCCCUUCACCAGCGGAUAGUGGGACUAAUUCUGUUUUUUCUCAACUGGAAAAUAGUACAAAUCAUUAUUCCUCACAGAUUGAAGGAAAUACUAAUUCUCCCUUUCUGAAGGGUAGUAAUGGAGAAAAUGCAGUUUUUCCUUCACAAGUAAAUGUUGCGAAUGACUUCAGUAGCACCAGUGCCCAAGAGUCUGCCCCUGAAAAAGUGAAAAAAGAACGUGGGCGGGCCCCAAAUGGGAAAGAAAGAAAACCUAAGCACAACAAAAGGGCUAAGUGGCCUGCAAUUAUCAGAGAUGGGAAAUUUAUCUGUAGCAGAUGUUACAGGGCUUUUACUAAUCCCAGGUCGCUGGGUGGACACUUAUCUAAGCGAUCUUACUGUAAACCACUGGAUGGAGCAGAAAUUGCUCAAGAACUUUUGCAAAAUAAUGGACAGCCUUCUCUUCUUGCCAGUAUGAUUCUCUCCACAAAUGCAGUAAAUUUGCAGCAACCACAACAAUCUACCUUCAACCCAGAAGUUUGUUUUAAAGAUCCAUCAUUCUUGCAGCUUCUUGCUGCUGAAAAUCGCCCAUCAACAUUUUUACCAAAUACAUUUUCUCGGUCUGGUGUGAAUAACUUCAAUACCAAUGUUAGUCAAGAAGGAAGUGAAAUUAUUAAGCAGGCUUUAGAAACUGCUGGCAUUCCCAGUACUUUCGAGGGUGCCGAAAUGCUUUCUCAGGUUGUUCCCACAGGUUGUGUCUCAGAUGGAGCACAAGUAAAUGCAACAGUGAUGCCAAAUCCAACUGUUUCACCUUUAUUGCAGACUGUAUGCCACCCAAACACCCUGCUGAUAAACCAGAAUAGGACACCAAAUUCCAAAACUUCCAUCAUUGAGAAAUGUAGCAGUUUGCCUGUUUUUCCAACAAAUGACUUACUACUGAAAACUGUUGAAAAUGGUUUGUGCACUACUUCAUUCACUAAUUCUACUGGGCUAUCACAGAAUUUUACCAGUAAUAGUCCACGUGUUUCUGUUAUAAGUGGUCCUCAGAACACAAGAUUUAAUCAUUUAAAUAAAAAGGGAAACAGUGCUUCUAAGAGAAGAAAGAAAGUUACUUCUCCUCUAAUUGUACCUAAUGCAUCCCAAAACUUGGUACCAAGUGACUUAACAACAAUGGGGCCUAUAACAAAGACUAUUGAGAUUCCUACUACUAACCUCCAUUCAAAUGUAAUUCCAAAUUGUGAACCUCAGGGUUUGGUAGAGAAUCUAACACAGAAAUUAAAUAAUGUUGACAAUCAGUUGUUUAUGACUGAUGUAAAAGAGAACUUCAAAACCAAUCUUGAGUCCCAUACGGUAUUACCUUCUUUAACGUUAAAGACUGAAAAUGGUGAUUCCCAAAUGAUGGCUUUGAAUUCAUGUACAACUUCAGUGAAUUCUGAUUUGCAGAUUUCUGAAGACAAUGUUAUACAGAACAUUGAAAAGACUCUUGAAAUUAUUAAAACUGCUAUGAACUCUCAGAUACUUGAGGUAAAAAGUGGAUCUCAGGGUGCUGGUGAAACAUCACAGAAUACUCAGAUAAAUUAUAAUGUUCAGCUUCCUUCAGUAAACUCUAUUCAAAAUAACAAAUUACCUGAUUCAUCUCAGUUUUCUUCUUUCUUAAGUGUCAUGCCAACAAAAAGUAACCUUCCUCAGUCUGAAGUAUUACAUAAGGAAGAUCAAAUACAAGAAAUUUUAGAAGGUUUACAAAACUUAAAAUUAGAAAAUGACCUGUCCACUCCAGUGUCCCAGUGUAUAAUAAUAAAUAAACCAGUGACACUGGCUCCUACUGUUAAAACAAUUCCAAAUGUCACAGUUGUUCCAUCAGUUUCUGAAAUGGUACACGUUCCGUUUAGUGACAAAGUUAAUAAACCUUUUGUGUGUCAAAACCAAGGUUGUAACUACAGUGCUAUGACAAAGGAUGCACUCUUUAAACACUAUGGUAAAAUCCACCAAUACACUCCAGAAAUGAUUCUUGAAAUUAAGAAGAAUCAAUUGAAAUUUGCUCCAUUUAAAUGUGUGGUUCCUACAUGUACAAAAACAUUUACAAGAAAUUCUAACCUCCGGGCGCACUGUCAGUUGGUACAUCAUUUUACAACAGAAGAAAUGGUAAAGUUAAAAAUAAAAAGGCCUUAUGGAAGAAAGUCUCAGAAUGAAAAUUUGUCAACCUCACGAAUUACGCAAGUGAAAAAACAGCCAGCUGUGACAGAGGAAAUUAAAAGGGAAUUGCACCCUGCUUUACUUUUGGGAGGAGAAACAGAAAAUGCCCUCAGUAAUGUAGCAGUGGUCCCAGAAAAACAACUUUUGGAAAAAAAAAGUCCUGAAAAAAUAGAAAGUUCUUCACAACUAAUUGUAGUUACUUCUGUGCAGUGUAAUACAGAUUCUCCCACAGAUAGCCAAAGCAAAGGACGAAAAAUUAGGAGGCAUAAAAAAGAAAAGGAAGAGAAAAAAAGAAAGAAGCCAGUUUCCCAAUCCCUUGAAUUUCCAACAAGAUACAGUCCCUAUAGACCUUACCGUUGUGUUCACCAAGGGUGCUUUGCUGCCUUUACAAUACAGCAAAACUUAAUUCUUCAUUACCAAGCUGUACACAAAUCAGAUCUUCAUGCAUUUUCUGCAGAGGUUGAAGAGGAGAGUGAAGUUGGGAAAGAAAGUGAGGAAACUGAAACUAAACAAACAAUAAAAGAAUUUCGGUGUCAGGUGAGUGACUGUUCUCGAAUUUUCCAAGCAAUUACUGGACUAAUACAACACUACAUGAAACUUCAUGAAAUGACUCCUGAGGAAAUUGAAAGCAUGACUGCUUCUGUCGAUGUUGGCAAAUUUCCAUGUGACCAAUUGGAGUGUAAAUCUUCAUUUACAACAUAUUUGAACUAUGUUGUUCAUCUUGAGGCAGACCAUGGAAUUGGAGCAAGAGUGAGUAAAACAGAAGAAGAUGGCAUAUACAAAUGUGAUUGUGAAGGUUGUGAUCGGAUAUAUGCAACUCGAUCUAAUCUCCUCCGACACAUUUUCAAUAAGCAUAAUGACAAACAUAAAGCUCAUUUGAUUCGGCCAAGAAAAUUAACACCUGGCCAAGAAAAUAUAUCAAGCAAGGCAAACCAAGAAAAGUCAAAGUCUAAACAACGGGGAGUAAAACACAGCAGAACUGAAAAGGAAGGAAUCAAAAUGCCUAUGACCAAACGAAAGAAAAAAACUAAUUUAGAAAACAAGAACGCAAAGAUCGUACAGAUUGAAGAAAACAAACCUUAUUCUCUAAAACGAGGAAAGCAUGUAUAUUCUAUAAAGGCAAGAAAUGAUGCCUUGUCUGAAUGUACAAGCAAAUUUGUAACCCAGUAUCCGUGUAUGAUAAAGGGAUGUACUUCAGUUGUUACAAGUGAAAGCAAUAUAAUUAGACAUUAUAAAUGCCAUAAAUUAUCUAAGGCAUUUACAUCACAACACCGCAAUCUUCUUAUUGUCUUCAAACGAUGUGACAACUCUGAAGUAAAGGAGACUUCUGAGCAAGAAGGUGAAAAAAAUGAUGUCAAAGAUUCUGACACAUGUGUAUCAGAGAACAAUGAUAAUUCAAGAACAACUACUGUUCCACAGAAGGAAGUUGAAAAAAAUGAAAAAGAUGAAAUGGAUGAGCUAACAGAAUUAUUUUUUACAAAAUUAAUAAAUGAAGAUAGCACAAGUGUGGAAACCCAAGCUAAUACCUCCUCAAACAUAAAUAACGAUUUUCAGGAAAGUAACCUCUGCCAGUCAGAAAGACAAAAAGCAAAUAAUUUGAAGAGAGUUAAUAAAGAAAAAAACCUCUCUCAAAAUAAAAAAAGGAAAGUUGAAAAGGUUGAACCAGAAUUAGCAGUUGAGAUAAAUAGCUUGCAUAAAGAGGAAGAAACUGCUGUUGCAAUUCAAACGACUGAAGAGCAUCCAGCAUCUUUUGACUGGAGCUCUUUUAAACCAAUGGGAUUUGAAGCAUCAUUUCUGAAGUUUCUUGAGGAGUCUGCAGUGAAACAGAAGAAGAAUACUGACAAAGAUCACACCAACAGUGGAACUAAAAGAGGAUCCCAUUCAAAUUCAAGAAAAAAUAGUGAUAAGACUGCUGUGACUAGUGGAAAUCAUAUUUGUUCCUAUAAAGAAAGUGAAAUUUUUGUACAUUUUGCCAAUCCAUCACAGCUUCAGUGCAGUGAUAAUGUAAAAAUUGUUUUAGACAAGACUCUUAAAGAUUGCACUGAGCUUGUCCUAAAACAACUUCAGGAAAUGAAACCUACCGUCAGUCUGAAAAAACUUGAAGUACAUUCAAAUGAUCCAGAUAUGUCUGUUAUGAAAGAAAUCAGUGUAGGUAAAGCCACAGGCAGAGGGCAGUACUGAUAAUUAAUGUACUAUAAAUACAUCAUUUAUAGUUUUAUUUUAAGUAGGAAGCCAUCAAGCAUGCUAUAAUUGUGAAACUUUUUUAUUUUUGACAUGAAUUAACCUGCCCCCCCAAAGCAUGACAUUUGUCAUGUAGGACUUUUUAUCCCUAUGGGACUUGACAAACAAUUAGUACUUCAUUUAUUGUAAAUAUUUGAGUUGAACCUCAAAUUUUUAUCACCCAAUUGCCCUUUUCAUGAAUUAGACUGAAUUAUCUGUGUGAUUGGUAUGUUUCACCAGGUCACUGCUCAUGUAUAACAGUACUCUUUAUUUGUAGAUACUUUUUUGUAUAUAUUUAUUAUUGUAAAUCAUUUGCUGCCACCAGCAGUCUGUAAGUCUAAACUAUUAAAUGAUACAUUUAUAUUUGGAAUUUUAAUUUUUAACUAAUUGAUCAAAUUUUUAAAACAACUUUUAUUGUUUUAAAUUAAGAACUUUUUAAACUAAAACUAGAAACUGCCAUAGUUUAUUGCUUUUUACAUGAAACAUUUAUUUACAAGAUCUCAAGAAACAAGUCUUAAGACUAUGUUUCACAAAGUAGGCACAUUGAACCAACAUUGCUUUGUAUAUUUGCCAUCCUGGAUUUUGGGGUGGUAUAUCCAUGUAAAAGUUAAAUCAGAUACUUUAGUACUUUCCUAUAGCUAUCGCCCCAUUGCUUUCUAUUUGGAUAUAGUUACUAUGAGUCCAUGAAAUAUAAUGGAAAUGUGAAUAAAGAAUUUAAUACAUUGAAGAUUUUAAACAUUGGUAUUUUAAACCCUUUGUGAAUGUGAUAGAAAUUAGUGGUGUGGAGCAGUGUAAAUAUUGAGGUGGUGAUUUGUGAAGUAGCCCAGUAUUGCCUUAAAUAAAAUCACAUUUCAUUUCUUGUUUUAUACACGUGAUCUUAUAAAAGUUUUUUUCCCCCAUUUUCUGAGAUUUAUAGAUUGGUGUAUAGCUUUAAACUGUAAAAACUUUUGUGGAAAGAAUUUUUUAAACAUUUUUAUAAAUCUUAAAAAUUGCUAUCAUUAAAGUGAGCCCAUCUUGUGUUUCUAAAAUACAAGAAUCCUUAACAUAGUUACAUAGAUGAAACACUUUCUGUAAGGAAGUUGGAUGUUUUGAUUUACUGUUUAUAGAUAUUAGAUUGUACAGCUACAUCUGUAUUUCCUCACCAUAUCUGAUGAUACUCUUCAUUAGAUCGGUCUUCAAGAGCAGUAUUAGUUAUUAUAAUUGAUUAUUUUGAUUAUUCAGUAGUUAGCUCUUAUGGUUUAGCUUUCACCAUAUUUAUACUGUGGAUUCAUGGCAAGAAGUAGAGGUUAUUUCAGGAGAGUUUGUGAUUGACUUCUAAAGUCUUAAGAAAAAUCAGCUCUGGAAACAAAACAUCUUUUCAAUAUUUAAAUUUUUGUUUGCCAUAAAUUGUAGCAUUGAAUUUUUAUAUUGUGUUAUAAAGCAGUUACAUUCACAAUAUUAUUAGUGUGAAAUAUUGAUGAUAUUGUGAUGAUACAAAGAUGUGUAUAUUCCCUGUGCAGCAGCAUCAGACUGCAGGAGAAAUGAAGCACUUAAAAGAAAUUGCUGGUACUCUGAAUAAAUAAGCAUGGUCAAGGAAUGAUCUAUUUUCUUUGGAAAAUAUUUUUUAAAGUUUUAUUAUUAAAGUAUUACAGUUUUUAUUUUUUAGGGCUUAGUGGGUGAUAUUGAAUAGUUGGUUUCACCUCCUUAAGGUUUAUUAUCAAUAUGCAUAAAACUUGACAUUAAAAUCCCUACCUUUGGCAAGCCCACUGUUAUUUAUUAAAAUAAAAGUUUUAUGGUUGAUUAAUACAUGGUUUUUUAAAUAAUAAUUUAAAUCAGUAAUUUUAGUAAUUUUUGUGAACUGAAUGUUUUCAUAGAAAUUGAUCUCGCUCUUAAGGGCAUUUAGCAAAACUGCCUGAUUCAGUGUGAUAGCAAGGGGAUUUAUUUCUGAUCACUGUAAUGAUGAACCACUGCUAAGUGAAAAUGUCAUAGGGCUUUUGCUAUAUUAGCGUAAGAAAAUUGACCAGUAGACAUUUCUGUAAUUGUUCUCCUACAUUUUACGGUGAAGAAUUUGUCAACAUUGAGUGAAUUCCCUUUUAUUCCAAGUACUGUAUGCAAAAAGUAAUUAUGGGAGAGUGAGCUUUUAGCAUGGAACAGAAAAAUCAAAUUACAGUAUAAAAUAAUUUAUAGAAUAGCGUGUUGGUAAAAUUUGAUAUGGAAUGUUAUGCCUAAGUAUU